AGUCUCCCAGGAAGUCAUGGAAGCGGAUGCGGCCGUGCGUGGUGUCCGCCUCGAAGUUGGGCGCCUCGUCCCCCAGCAGCAGCCCCGGCAUGGCCGCAGCUCCCGGCGCCAGUCCCGCUGCGGAGCCGCCGCCCGCUCUGCGCCUGCGCGCGGGCUCCGCCCCCCCCGGCCACGUGAGCGGCGGGCACGUGACGGCGCUGAGGGGCUCGGCCGUGAUGGCGACUUACGUGAGCGAGCUGGAGGCGGCCAAGAAGAGCCUGAGCGAGGCGCUGGGCGAGAACGUGAAGCAGUACUGGGCCAACCUGAAGCUCUGGUUCAAACAGAAGAUCAGUAAGGAGGAGUUUGACCUGGAAGCACGCAGGCUUCUCACGCAGGACAAUGUCCACUCACACAAUGAUUUCCUCCUGGCUAUUCUCACCCGAUGCCAGAUCUUGGUCUCUGCCCCAGAAGGUGCUGGAUCUCUGCCGUGGCCAGGUGGCUCUGCAACUAAACCUGGAAAACCCAAAGGGAAGAAAAAGAUUUCUUCGGUUCGCCAAAAGUUUGAUCACCGGUUCCAGCCUCAGAACCCACUGUCAGGAGCCCAGCAGUUUGUGGCAAAGGAUCCUCAGGAGGAUGAUGAUUUGAAGCUGUGCUCUCACACCAUGAUGCUGCCAACACGUGGCCAGCUGGAAGGAAGGAUGAUUGUCACUGCCUAUGAGCACGGGCUGGACAAUGUCACCGAGGAGGCAGUGACAGCAGUUGUUUAUGCUGUGGAGAACCACCUUAAGGACAUCCUGACCUCUGUGAUAUCCAGGAGGAAAGCCUAUCGUCUGAGGGAUGGCCAUUUCAAGUAUGCCUUUGGCAGCAAUGUCAACCCUCAGCCAUAUCUGAAGAACAGUGUUGUUGCUUACAACAACUUAAUUGAGUGCCCCCCCAGCGGCGCGACGCCCUCGGCGGGUCAGAGCCUGGCCCCUCCACCUGCUCCUGACGAUGCUGAGCAGCAGGCAGCCCUGCUCCUGGCCUGCUCUGGGGACACCCUGCCAGCAUCCCUGCCUCCAGUCAACAUGUACGACCUCUUUGAGGCACUGCAGGUGCACAAAGAAGUGAUCCCUGCGCACACGGUCUAUGCUCUCAACAUCGAGAGGAUUGUCAUGAAGCUCUGGCACCCAAACCACGAGGAGCUGCAGCAGGACAAGAUCCAUCGGCAGCGCCUGGCGACGAAGGAGGGCCUCCUGCUCUGCUAGAGCUGGAGCUGGCCAGCCCUGCCAGCCCUCAGGUGCCUCCAGCCUGCUCCUGGGACUUGUCAUUCCAAACCUGUGUCAGCAUCUCCAGGAUGAUGUGAUUUAUGAGUCAGCUUUUCCUAUGGAAAUGGGACUGAGUUGUGGGACACUUCCUCUGCUUCCCCAGAGUCACGUGCCGUGUGGAGUACUCUCAGCAAUGCCACUGAGUUGGAAAAGAGAAACAAGACACGUUUGCAAGGACUGUUUUUUUAGGAAAAAUAAAUGUGAGAGUGGAAAGAGUUGGUUUUAAAUAAGGUACACUUUUGUCUUCUUUUGUGAGCAUGGAGAAUCUGUCUCUGUGCCCUCCCCUCUCUGGUAGUUUCUCAUCUGAGCUCAGACUCCAGAGGCCUUGUCCAGCUUCUGUUGUGGGAUCCUUUUCAUUAACUGGUUGUGGGUGGGCUCUUGUGAAAAUGAGCAAUUCUCUAAGCUGACAUUGUUCCUCUUCCACCAGGGGAACUUCUGAUUAGAAACUGUGACAAAACAAGGCAAAAAGGGAAUUUUCUUGGUGUUGGAGACU